AUGACGCUCACAAAGUACCAGCGUGGAGACAUCACAGAAGGAUGGAACGACUGUCCCACGCCAGUCAUGCUCUCGCACAACAACUCCUACACAUCGCUCGACCAAGAAGAAAACGGCCCACGACGAGACCGCGCUGAGUUGAUGAGCUUGAGUGAGCGGGUCUUUGCCCAAAACAUAAACUUGCCCGAGCGGGAGUUGAAGCAUUACAAGCUGAAGAUAGAGACUCAGAUUCAGACCAUGGAUGAAAAACACUUGUCUUUUCUCGAGAGGAUUUUUGUCGAGGUUGUCGAGGACAAGAUGGAUAAGCGCGAGUUGUCGAAGCAGAUUGUGCAGUACAUGAUGGGACACGAGGGUGUCACUGUGUGGUGCUCGCCUUUGAAGAAGAUUGUCAACAGCUUGUGCAGUCCAUGA